GAGCGCGCAUCGAGCGCGUGAUUGAUCGUUUUCAGUGCAGUCAGUGCUCGCGCUGCUCACAACGUCGAGGCUGCUCGCGUUCCCAGCGCAGAGCCGCAUUCCAGUCUCGCCACCAAACGGGAUAUUUCUGCCAGUUUUGGAAUUUAACUAUGAGCAGGACAUGCGAUCCAAGGAUCACUCGGACGUGAGCCCUGGACGCAGAAUUGAGGUGGAUGACUGUUUUAAGAGAAAGCAAGGAAUCAUUGGAUCAGUUGGGGCUGUUUUGCUUUUCCUCUACUGUUUGUUUGGUUUACUAAAAGUCUCUGACUAAAGACUGAUAGCGUGGACCAACCGACACCUUGCUUGUGAGGACCAGUGCAGAUAUGUGGCCUCUGCAGGGGCCAGGGACAUGCGUGCUUCUUGGGCUGCUGACAGUCUCCAUAUCCCCUCACCUUUCUUUAGGAGCCCCAGAACCAUUAAGAUACUUUUCUCCUCCUUACUGGGGUCUGACACAUUUAGCCAUUCAUAACAAGACAGGAGAUGUGUAUGUUGGUGCAGUAAACUGGAUCUAUAAGCUCUCUAGCAACUUGACCAAGUUGAGAAGUCACAUGACUGGUCCGGGGGAGGACAACGAGAAAUGCUAUCCACCGCCAGAUGUACAGUCGUGCCCCCAUGAACUUACCCUAAACAGCAAUGUGAACAAGCUGCUGCUAAUAGACUACCCCCAUAACCGUCUGAUUGCUUGUGGAAGCACCUCGCAAGGCAUUUGUCAAUUCCUGCGUCUGGAUGAUCUUUUUAAACUUGGUGAACCACACCAUCGCAAGGAGCACUACCUCUCGAGUGUCACUGAGUCCGGAACCAUGUCUGGGGUCAUCAUCUCCGAAGGCCAGACCAGCAAGCUUUUCAUUGGCACUCCUAUUGAUGGGAAAUCGGAGUACUUCCCAACUCUUUCCAGCCGUAAGUUGAUGACCAACGAGGAAGAUGCUGACAUGUUCAGCUUUGUCCACCAAGAUGAGUUUGUCUCUUCCCAGUUGAAGAUUCCUUCGGAUACCCUGUCCAAAUUUCCAGCGUUUGACAUCUACUACAUAUACAGCUUCAACAGUGAACAAUUUGUCUACUACCUGACCUUGCAGCUGGAUACCCAACUAACUUCUCCUGACGCUAGUGGGGAGCAGUUCUUCACUUCUAAGAUCGUCCGACUCUGUGUUGAUGAUCCCAGGUUCUACUCCUACGUGGAAUUCCCUAUCGGAUGCACCAAGGACGGUGUGGAAUAUCGUUUGAUCCAAGAUGCCUACUUAAGCAAACCUGGAAGGCAGCUUGCAAACUCUCUGGGAGUGUCCGAGCAAGAGGACAUCUUGUUUACGGUCUUCUCGCAAGGCCAGAAGAACCGGGCCAAACCCCCUAAAGAAUCUGCACUCUGCCUGUUUACCCUGACAAGAAUAAAGGAGAAGAUUAAAGAAAGGAUUCAAUCAUGCUAUAAGGGAGAGGGCAAGUUGUCCUUGCCCUGGCUACUCAACAAGGAACUGCCAUGCAUCAACUCGCCUCUUCAGAUUGAUGAUCAUUUCUGCGGGCAGGAUUUUAAUCAGCCUCUAGGGGGCACUCGCACUAUCGAGGGAAUCCCGCUUUUUAUAGACAAAGAUGAAGGAAUGACUUCAGUCGCUGCGUAUGAUUAUCGCGGUAACACUGUGGUGUUCGCAGGAACGCGUAAUGGAAGAAUGAAGAAGAUUCUGAUUAAUUCGGUGAGUCCGUCCAGACCGGCGCUGCUUUACGAGAGCCUUCCCGUGAGCGAGGGAUCUCCGGUUCUCCGUGACAUGAUCUUCAGUCCAGACCUGCAGUUCAUCUACACGCUGACAGACAAACAGGUCACGCGUGUACCGGUGGAGAGCUGCGCUCAAUACUCAACAUGUACUGAAUGUUUGAGCUCCAGAGAUCCUCACUGCGGAUGGUGUGUCCUUCACAACAUUUGUUCACGUCGUGAUCGUUGUGAGAGGGCAGAUGAAUCUCAGCGAUUCGCCUCCAGAGUCGAUCAGUGUGUAGAUCUGACCGUCCAACCAAACAACAUAUCUGUCACCAUGGCUGAAGUCCAGCUGGUUCUUCAGGCCAGGAACGUUCCGGAUCUUUCCGCAGGAGUUGACUGCUCCUUCGAGGAUUACACUGAGACCGAAGGAAUGAUACAUGGAUCAAACAUCUACUGCCAGUCACCAUCAGCAAAAGAACUUCUCACGAUCACACACCAACAGAGAGACACACACGUUGUGAAGCUCUAUUUAAAAUCACGGGAAACGGGACAGAAAUUCGCCAGCGUGGAUUUCACUUUCUACAACUGCAGCAUCCACAGAUCGUGUCUGUCAUGUGUGAACGGCUCGUUCCCGUGUCACUGGUGUAAAUACCGUCAUAUGUGCACGCAGAACGCCAACGACUGCUCUUUCCAGGAAGGCCGCGUGAACAUGUCGGAGGAUUGUCCUCAGAUUCUGCCCUCCACACAGAUCUACAUUCCUGUCGGCAUUCCGAAGCCGAUCACGCUGUCCGCCCGGAAUCUUCCACAGCCUCAGUCCGGUCAGAGGAACUACGAGUGCAUCUUCCACAUCCAGGGCGAGACGCACAGCGUGACGGCACUUCGAUUCAACAGCUCCAGCAUUCAAUGCCAGAAAACCACGUACAACUAUGAAGGAAGUGACAUCAGUGACCUUCCUGUUGAUCUGUCUGUGGCGUGGAAUGGAAACUUCAUCAUUGACAACCCCCACAAUAUACAAGCUCACCUGUACAAGUGUUAUGCGUUAAGGGAGAGCUGUGGUUUGUGUCUGAAAUCGGACCCGAGCUUCGAGUGUGGAUGGUGUGUUCAGGACAAGAAGUGUUCUCUCCGUCAGGAAUGUGCACAACCCGAACAAACCUGGAUGCACGUCACCGCCGGCAACAGCCGCUGCACACAUCCUCGCAUCACCAAGUUGUCUCCUGAAACAGGUCCACGACAGGGUGGAACCAGACUCACCAUCACCGGAGAAAAUCUGGGCCUUCAGUUCAAAGACAUCCAGAAUGGCGUUCGGAUUGGAAAAGUGUCCUGUCAGCCCAUCGAGGAGGAAUACAUCAGCGCUGAACAGAUCGUGUGUCGUCUGGCUGAUGCCACAGGUUAUCGGGUUCAGGAGGCUCAGGUUGAGGUGUGUGUCAGGGAUUGUCUACCCGAGUAUCGGGCCGUGUCUCCUAAAGCCUUUACAUUUGUGUCUCCAUACUUCACACGUGUGCUUCCCUCGUACGGCCCAAUAUCCGGAGGUACCCGAAUCACCAUCCAUGGCAGUCAUCUGAACGCAGGCAGUGGCGUCUCCAUCAAGAUCGGACUCAACACCUGCCGUUUUGAGAGACGAAGCGCUCGUGAGAUCGUGUGCGUGACUCCGGCGGGUUUGGGUCCCGGCGGGACACCGGUGAUGGUGGAUAUAAACGCAGCCGAACUGAGAAACCCAGAGGUCAAGUUCAACUACACGGAUGAUCCCACAGUACUGAAGAUGGAUCCUGACUGGAGCAUCGCCAGUGGUGGAACCCUGAUGACGGUCAUCGGUACAAAUCUCGCCACCGUCAGAGAGCCGAAGAUGAGAGCCAAAUACGGCAGCGUUGAAUCGGUCAACAACUGUACUGUAGUCAACAACACCGUGAUGGUCUGUCUGGUCCCGUCUGUGGCCGGAUCAGAGAGAGGUUUCUCAGAGGUGGGAAUCGGUCCGGAUGAGAUCGGAUUUAUCAUGGAUAGCGUUCAGUCGCUAAUGGUGGUUAAUGAGAGCUUCAGUUUCUAUCCCGACCCUGUGUUCGAGUCCUUCAGCCCGUCAACGCUGGAGCUCAAACCUGGAUCUCCACUGAUACUGAAGGGGAAGAAUCUGAUUCCUUCAGCUGCUGGUAACUACAGGUUAAACUACACCGUUCUGAUUGGUGACAAGCCCUGUGUGUUGACCGUCUCUGACACACAACUGGUGUGCGAGUGGCCCAAUCUCACCGGACAGCAUAAAGUCACCGUGCUUGCCGGAGGGUUUCGGUAUUCUCCUGGUACUCUUCAGAUUUACUCCGACAGUCUGCUGACGCUUCCUGCUAUCAUUGGCAUCGGGGGAGGAGGUGGUCUUCUUCUUCUGGUCAUCAUCAUCAUCCUCAUCGCUUACAAGCGCAAGUCGCGUGAUGCUGACCGCACGCUGAAGCGCCUGCAGUUACAGAUGCACAACCUGGAGUCAAGAGUCGCCCUGGAGUGUAAAGAAGCGUUUGCCGAGCUCCAGACUGAUAUCCAUGAGUUGACUCAGGAUCUGGAUGGAGCUGGUAUUCCAUUCCUGGAUUAUCGUACGUACGCGAUGAGAGUCCUUUUCCCUGGAAUAGAGGAUCAUCCUGUGCUGAAGGAGAUGGAGGUUCCAGCUAAUGUUGAAAAAGCUCUGACACUGUUCGGUCAGCUCUUGAAUAAGAAACACUUUCUGUUGACGUUCAUCCGGACACUGGAGGCUCAGCGCUCGUUUUCCAUGCGGGACCGCGGGAAUGUGGCGUCUCUCAUCAUGAGCGCCCUGCAGGGGGAGAUGGAGUACGCCACCGGUGUUCUUAAACAGCUCCUAUCUGACCUCAUCGAAAAGAACCUGGAGAGCAAGAACCACCCCAAACUCCUUCUCAGACGGACGGAGUCAGUAGCUGAGAAGAUGCUAACAAACUGGUUUACUUUUCUUCUCUAUAAGUUUCUUAAGGAGUGUGCCGGCGAGCCUCUCUUUAUGCUCUAUUGUGCUAUAAAACAACAAAUGGAAAAAGGGCCAAUAGACUCGAUCACCGGCGAGGCGCGGUACUCCCUAAGCGAAGACAAACUCAUCCGACAGCAGAUCGACUAUAAAACUCUGACGCUGCAUUGUGUGAAUCCAGAGAAUGACAACGCCCCUGAGGUCACUGUUAAAUGUCUGAACUGUGACACCGUCACACAGGUUAAAGAGAAGAUACUGGACGCUGUGUUUAAAGGCACACCGUACUCACAACGACCCAAACUUGGAGACAUGGACCUUGAAUGGAGGCAGGGUCGCAUGGCUCGAAUUAUUCUCCAGGACGAAGAUGUGACCACCAAAAUCGACAACGACUGGAAGCGUCUCAACACGCUGGCACACUAUCAGGUAACGGAUGGGUCAGUGAUCGCAUUGGUCCCCAAGCAAAACUCCGCCUACAACAUUUCCAACUCCUCAACGUUCACCAAAUCCCUCAGCAGAUACGAGAGCAUGCUCAGAACCGCCAGCAGUCCAGACAGCCUUCGUUCUCGGACGCCCAUGAUAACUCCAGAUCUGGAGAGCGGUACCAAACUCUGGCAUCUGGUGAAGAACCACGACCACGCAGAUCAAAGAGAGGGUGAUCGCGGCAGCAAGAUGGUGUCUGAGAUCUACCUGACACGCCUGCUCGCUACCAAGGGUACAUUGCAGAAGUUUGUAGAUGAUCUGUUCGAAACCAUCUUCAGCACGGCUCACCGUGGCAGCGCUCUUCCUCUCGCCAUCAAAUACAUGUUUGACUUCUUAGACGAGCAGGCGGACAUGCACAUGAUAUCCGACCCUGACGUCAGACACACGUGGAAGAGCAACUGUUUGCCGCUGAGGUUCUGGGUGAACGUGAUCAAGAACCCUCAGUUUGUGUUUGACAUCCAUAAGAACAGCAUCACAGACGCCUGUCUGUCCGUGGUGGCUCAGACCUUCAUGGAUUCCUGUUCGACAUCAGAACACAAACUGGGCAAAGAUUCACCGUCCAACAAGCUGCUAUAUGCUAAAGACAUCCCAAACUACAAGAAUUGGGUAGAGAGGUAUUACGCAGAUAUCGCCCGCAUGUCUGCGAUCAGUGAUCAGGAUAUGAGCGCGUAUCUCGCCGAACAGUCUCGACUGCAUUUAAAUCAAUUCAACAGUAUGAGCGCCCUACACGAGAUCUUCUCCUACAUCACCAAAUACAAGGACGAGAUCCUGUCGGCUCUGGAGCGAGAUGAGCAGUCCCGCAGACAGAGACUCAGAUCUAAACUGGAGCAGGUGAUCGACACCAUGGCUCUGUCCAGCUGAUCACACAAAACACACACUGCGCAGCGGACCGCUGAAACACAAACACACACGUGCUCGUCUCUGUGUAUACGUGUGUGUGUUUAAAAAGGACAAAACCACAAAUUUGUGAAUGUAUGUGGUGUAGAUUUGGUUUGUUUAUAAUGAUUAUUGGGAGUGAUGUCGAGUGUGCUGGAUGUUUUACACAACUCUGAUGGACGGACAGACGGACACUUUUUUUGCUGUUCUGAAGAGACAUUGAGGACGUAUCAGACCUCUGAUGAUGAAGUCAUGUGACCGUGUCACGAGCCAAUGAUCACGAGGAAUCAAAAGACACUCGAAUUUGAUUGUGUGUUUGCGAUUAUUUGUUAUUAUUAUUAUUAUUUUGUACAAAUGUAUCAACUUUCCAUCUUCUCACUUGUGUUACAGCUGAAUUUGCACAUUUUACAGAUACGAAGAUAAACGGCUUCCAUCGCGUUCACGUGAGGCGCAGUCACGCGUCUCUCAUCAUUUAAUUGCCAUAGUGUUGAAGAAGUUGAAUUUUAUAUUGAAGAAAAGGACAAAAAGAAGGAACAAAAUAUGAAUAAAAGCUUGUCCUGUGCCAUGUUUUA